GCGCCAUAUUGAUAUUUAUGUGAUUUAGUGUCUCUCUCUCAGCAUUUUUCCACCACCAAUUAAUGUGGCAUAGUGAUCAUGCUGAGCUAAUUGGAUGCAUCAGUGCUGUUGUCGUGGCGUCAAUGCACACGAUCGCAAUGGAGGAUAGAGUCUAAAUAGCCAGUAUUGCUCAGAAAGUUGUGAUUUAGUUCAUGUGUUUUGUUGUACACAUCAUGAAAUCCUCAAGUGGUUUGACUUCAGUGAGUUCAUGAACUUUCCCUCAGCGAAAAGAGGGCAGAAAAUUUCCACCACCCAGAGUGGACUGCACAGCAUAAAAGUGGAGUGAGAGUGAGAGAGAGAGAGAGAGAUAAUGGCCAGUUCAGGGCAUGCAGUUGUCGUAUGGGAGUUUGAAUCUCGCGGCGGACGCUGGCUACCGUACAGUCCGGACGUUUCGCAGCACCUCGAGCGCGCUCAUGCCAAGAAACUCACCCGAGUCCUGCUCAGCGAUGCCGAUCCCACCAUCGAUCAGCUGUACGUGAACGUCCGCACGAUGACGCAGUGUUGCGAGGACGUGGACUUCCCGCUGAUCAAUGUGCGCCGGAAGUUCUACAAGCCAUCGUCGCCAGCUGGCCAGGGCACCAAGUGGGAGUGGGCAGGCACCACGAGCUCAGAGUGGCACAGCUACAAUAUGGAAGUGCAGUGUGUGAUCGAAGAAGCGUGGGCGAAGGGUGAACAGACAUUGGACUUGAGCAAGACUCACUUGGGAUUGCCACUCGUGAUCAACUUCUGCAAUCUCACCCAGAUUCGCCACCCAAACGGGCCAGUCAGGAAGAUCAGGAGAAUCCAACAAGCGCCUUAUCCACUCAUCAAAGUGCCACCGGAAUCACUUCCCGGACAUCAGGUGCCUUCGCGGCCACAACAGCCACCACUGCCGAUAAUCCCACCGAAGACAGGUCCUCGGCCGGGCCCCUCAUCCGCCCAGCCGAUGCCUGCGCCCUCCGCCAGCGGCACAAAGUCACGCAAGACCUCAGAAGGUGCCACGAAUCUCGCCCGCCAGAUUCUCAACAAUCUCAACAUCUUCGGCACGAAGCCCGACGCUCAUCAGCGCAGCGCCUCCAUGCACAGAUCACGAUCACGCACCCGUGGCAACUCCCUGCUGGACACAGACUCCAGCAGCACCAAGAGCGGCCGGCGCCGGCCCAGCGUCGACACAGUGUCCACAUAUCUCAGCCACGAGAGCAACAAGAGCGAUCGCAGCCAACCGCACACCAUCGGCUCCGUGUCAGAUCUCCUGGACUGCUCCAUCGGCAGCGACGACGUGUUCAGCAGCAACAGCCACAUCUCGGGCUCCAUCGUGGGCGUGGAUCCGGCCAGUGACAUGAUAUCGCGCUUCGUGCGUGUCGUCGAUCCGCCCAAGUGGCCUCACGCGCAGCCCUGUCCCAUGUGCAUGGAGGAAUUGAGGCACAAUCCGCAGAAUCCCGCCAUUUCGCUCAUCCGCUGUCAGCAUCUCAUGCACCUCGAGUGUCUCAACGAGAUGAUCAUCAAUCAGCAGAAGGAGAACCAAUCUCAAGCUUUAUACAUAGAAUGUCCUGUGUGCGGGAUCGUUUACGGAGAGAAAAUAGGGAAUCAACCACCUGGAUCGAUGUCAUGGAUCAUCAUCCCAAAGAGCCUGCCAGGAUACGAUGGGCAGAACACUAUUCAAAUUGUUUACAAUAUCGCCUCUGGUGUCCAGGGACCUGAUCAUCCGCAUCCCGGACGCGCCUUCUUCGCCGUGGGCUUCCCGCGAACCUGCUAUCUCCCAGAUUGUCCCCUCGGACGAAAGGUUCUGCGCUUCCUCAAGAUCGCCUUCGAUCGCAGACUUCUGUUCUCCAUCGGGCGCUCCGCCACCACAGGACGAGAAGAUGUGGUUCUGUGGAAUAGCGUCGAUCACAAGACUCAGUACUCAAUGUAUCCCGAUCCGGGAUACCUUCAGCGAUGCAUGACACAACUAAUUCACUUGGGCGUGACUGAUUAACUCUCACAUUCUGCAUAAAGCCUAGCUUUAAAUUAUUUCCCACUCAUCAUAUCUCCUCUUUAAUCAUUUUUUUUUGAAAAAGAGAAAGAAAAACGCGCAACACUUUUCACGUUUUUAGAUCAUUAGUUGUUAUUUUAGGAAUGACCAAAGUGCAAGAAUCUAGAAGUAUUUAGUAGAAUCUCAUGCAAUUCGACAAAAAGUGCAGCUAAAUAAAUGGUAUUAAUUGCAAUCCUUCAUUUUAUAAGAGAGUAUUUUAAGGGUGAAACUUUGCACAAAUGCAAGAAAAAAUGUGUCAAAUUUACGUGCCUUUUUCCACUAGAAGAUAAUUCUAAAAAAUUCAUUUCUAAACAUAAGUGAGUGAGAAAAAUAUUGAUGUUAAGCAUGAUAAAAUAGUGCAAGACAAAGUCUGAUGUCUCUUAUCAUAAUUUUCCACUAUAUGAACAAAUUUCUCUAAAGUAAGCUUAAUAAGAGUGCCAAUAAUAGAAUUUUGCUAGACAUAAGAAAUUGCCAGAAAGAAAGAAAGAAAGAAAAAAAUGUUUUAUAAAUUCAAUUCUCAAAUGUGAUUUCGACAAAAGAAAAACCCUUUAUAAAUUAUGUAUAUUUUUGGAACAUAAGCAAAAAUGUAAGAUGUUUUUUUAUUUUAUUUCCUAUAAAAUAAUACCGCAGAAAGAAUAAAGAAGUAAAAACAAAUUUAUAUCUUAUUUCAUCUCAGCUUCUCAGACAUGUAAUAGACGUUCGAAAAGGUGUUCAUUAAAAUUUACGAUCAUUUUUCCACAACAUAAAUUGAAAUGAAAUUGCCAGUGCUACGACUGAUUUUAUGUACUAUCGCCUAAAAGGUAAGUAGACACCAUAUUUGAUCAAUUUAUGGGCAAAUCUUUGCCUGCUGCUCAGAAGAUUGCGCGCGAGAGG